CAAAGAUAAGAUUACGAAAAGGUAUAAAAGAAUUGAAACUCUGAAUAGAGUUCAACAAAAAUGUCGACCGAAGGAAAGCCAAUCAGAUGUCGAGCAGCGGUUCUGUGGAAAGAAGGCGAACCGCUGACAGUGGAAGAGAUAACAGUCGCGCCGCCGAAGAAGGGAGAGGUGAGAGUGCGGAUGGUGUCGGCGGGACUGUGCGCGACGGACGCGCACUUCGUUUGGGGCUGGAAAACGGAUUUGGCGCUCGACUUCGAGGGCAAACCCGUGGUGUUGGGACACGAGGGCGCCGGCGUCGUGGAGUCGGUGGGCGCCGGCGUGACGAGCGUUGGCGUCGGCGACAAAGUGAUGGCAAUGUGGAUGCCUGAGUGCGGAGAGUGCGCGCUCUGCAAGAAUCCCGCGACCAACUUCUGUUCGGCCGGCAAUUUCUACACCACUCUCUAUCACGACAAUCACGAGACGAGAAUGGAAGUGAAGGGACAGCCAAUCCUGUCGUUGGCGGGAACAUCCACGUUCGCCGAGUACAGUGUGAUGCGCGACUCGCAAGUGGCCAAACUCAACCCUUUGGCGGACCUCAACUCCGCGGCCAUCAUCGGGUGCGCGGUUGGCACGGGCUAUGGCAGCGCCACAAACAUCGCGCGCGUGCACAAAGGGGCGAAGUGCGCGGUCUGGGGUUUGGGAGCGAUCGGGUUGUCGGCUGUGAUGGGAUGUCGCGAUGCGGGCGCAGAACUCAUUGUUGGCGUCGACAUCAAUGGGGAGAAGGAGGCGAUCGCGCGCCAAACGGGUUGCCAUGAGUUCCUCAACGCCAACCAAUUGGAGAAACCGUUGGACGAGAUUCUGCGCGCGAAAGGCAUUGAGUUCGCGUUCGACUGCAUUGGGAACCAACAAGUGCUGGACUGCGCGCUCAAGUCGCUGACGCCGUGGGGCUUCCUCACUGUCAUCGGGUUGGGGAAGAGGGGCAACGCAGUGACCACUUCUGUGGCCGAACUGCUGGAGGGCAGACACGUGGCCGGCGGCUACUUCGGGAACAUGAAGCCGAGGGAAGCGAACCAGCGCCUGGUGGACAUGUUGUGUGCGGGGGAACUGGAGAUCAAGGACUUGAUUACACAUCGGAUCCGUUUGGAAGACAUCAACGCGGGUUUCGACGUUCUGAAGGCCGGAAAAACGAUUCGAACUGUCAUUCAAUUCGAAGAGAAAUAA